GCUGACAUGUAAUUGAAAAUCUAUCAAAACAUGCACAAAUGAAUGCAUGUUUAGAAAUUACAUACUAGCAUUCACCGUUUCUAUUAAUUCUAUAGCAACAGUCUGUCUAAAACCAAUAAAAAAUGUACAUUGCUUUAGUUUGCGCUGUCAUUGUGGUCUUUUUACUAACUUGUCACUUCAAAAAGGAUUCACAGAUUGCUACGUAUCUGCCAGGACCAAAACCAGUGUUGCUUUUCGGCAAUGUUUUGGAUUUUUUAACAUCUACAACCAAAUUCCUUACCAAGUUGGUGGAAUAUGUAGAAACGUACGGAGAAAUAGUUAGGAUUCACUUGAGUUUUUCUCGAGAUUUUGUGUUAGUAACGGACUACAAAUUGACGGAACGCGUGCUGUCUUCCACGAAAAUGUUAGAUAAAUCUUUUCUUUAUGACUCUUUUGAUAACUGGUUGGGAACAGGCUUACUUACAAGUACAGGUGCAAAAUGGAGAAGUCGUAGGAAAAUGAUAACCCCUUCCUUUCAUUUCACGAUUCUAACCCAGUUUAUCAAGACCUUCGAAUCCGUGGGCGACAAUUUUAUAGCGAAACUUGAGAAGUUGGUAGGAAAACCCAGCGUGGACAUAUAUCCAUGGGUGUCUCUCUGUACUCUGGACAUCAUAUGUGAGGCAGUUAUGGGAACUUCUGUCAACGCUCUAGACCACGGUGAUUCGGAGUACGUUCAUAGUGUGAAGACCAUGUGCGCCAUAGUCAUGGACCGUGUAUUCACUCCGUUUCACAAGUCGCUGUACCCACUCACCCCUAAUUACUUUAGAGAAAAGAAAGCCCUGAAGGUCCUUCAUUCGCACACGGACAAAGUGAUAGAUAAAAAAAUUAAUAGUAAGUCUGCUGAAUCCGUCAGCGACAGUGAAGAUUUUGGUGGUAAAAGGAAAGUUGCAUUCUUGGAUCUGCUGUUGGAGAGCACUAUAGACGGUAAGCCGCUCACUAGAGCUGAUUUGAGGGAAGAAGUGGACACGUUUAUGUUUGAGGGUCAUGACACAACUGCGUCUGCCAUUACGUUCGCCCUUUAUACUUUGGCCACCAACCCGGAUGUACAGCAAAAAGUCGUAGAAGAGCAAAAAACCAUUUUUGGCAGCAACCAGAAAGCAUAUGUAACGGCAUCGGACCUUCAGAAUAUGAAAUAUUUGGAACUGGUCAUAAAGGAGACCCUAAGACUAUAUCCUUCGGUGCCAAUCAUUGGAAGAAAGCUAAACGAAGAUGUAAAAUGGGAUGACAUCACACUUCCUAAAGGUCAAGCUAUAACUCUGUUCAUUUUCGGCAUACACAGAAGUCCCAAAUAUUUCCCCGACCCGUUGAAGUUUAUCCCUGAAAGGUUUGAAAACUACGAGGGCAAAGAACCGUUCUCUUAUAUCCCGUUCAGCGCUGGACCUCGGAACUGCAUAGGCCAAAAAUUUGCUAUGAUGGAAUUGAAAACCACCCUGUCGAAAGUGAUAAGGAAUUUUGAACUGCGUCCUUCUACGCCCGAGCAUGUAUUACUACUGGCUCCUGAGACUAUACUGCUAUCCAAGAACGGCGUCAGAAUUUCCAUCAAUAGAAGGAAAUGGGAAUAGAUUUUUAUUGUAUUUAUUUGAUUUUUAUAGUGAUUGUACCUAAUUCUUAGUGAUGUUUGAGAUAAAUGUAAAUAUACUUUAAAUGCAAAAACUUUAUUUUCUAUACAUGGAUAUAAUUUGCUUAAGAUCAUAUGGAAUAGUAACUCUGAGUAAAAAGGUUCAACGACUUCUGCGUUACAUUGGGGGCAUAGUUCUAAACGACGAUUUUAAUUCUUCAAUCACACCUGCCAGAUUGCUCAUGAAUUAUGUUUGUGGCAUUGUGGAAGGCUUGCACUAGGUGUUGUUAACUAUUGGCUGGUUAUUCUCUUCAUAAAUCCUCGCA